GAACAGAGCACCAUCAGCAGAUAGAGACGACUGAGUCUGACAGAGCGGAGGAUGGAGAGAGCAGCGUCACAGCUCCCACACCAGCACAGCAGAGUCCUCCAUCUGCACAGCCUGCUGAGACAGCCAGCGACCAGAGCGCUCCAAACAGCCUCGCCGUCCCUGAGGCCGUGGUGCUUACGAGUGUGUUCCAGGGGACUGCAGACACUAAUCGUCCUCCCCUGAACCUGGACUUCCCACUCUGGAACAAAGCCCAGCCUCCACAUGCCACUCUAGAGGACAUGAAGCUCACCUGCCAGAGACCAACCACCGUGGUGCUAUCAGACGACGCCAUGGACGUGGCGGCGAUCGGUGAGUGGGGAGAGCAGCUGGUCAACUCCUUCCUGUGCCACUGGAGGGACAGCGGCGCCCCCAGGUGCCCCACGCACAUCCUGUGGUGCAAUCAGAGCGGAGAGAGCGGCCAGCCUUACGACUUCAAGCUGAGCUUCGGACCCGCAGGAGAGGCGGGGGUGGUGUACGUGGAGGUGAAGUCAACUAUAAAGAAAGAAAAGUCGUUCAUCCACCUCUCCGCCAACGAGCUGGACUUUGCACUGAAAGAGAAAGAGCGCUACCACAUAUAUCGGGUGUACAGCGCAGGAGAUGCCAAGAACGUUCAACUGUGUCGCAUUCGGAACCUCGCGCAGCAUCUUCACACAAAAGACCUGGCACUUUAUUUGUUUGUAUAAGUUUCAGUUUCUGCACUAUAUCGUACUCCAUAUAGGAUUUUAGGGAUAAGGUCAAUAUGCCUUUCUUAACUUUAUCGUAACUGCACUGACUUUAGUUUUUUAAGUGUGGCCAUGAUGCAAACAAAUGUUUUCUUUGUUGAGCCAAAGUUUGCACAUUCCUUUUUCAUCUCUAGCCAUAAUCAUGUAAUUGCCAACAAACCACACACAGGUUUGUGUUUUCUAGUCAGUGUUCAGUAGAAGUUCUGAAUGUUUUUAUCUGUCUUUUAUUACAUCACUUUUACUCUAGCAUUCCUUUGAAAUAAAUGUUUUCUUGUUAAC